GUGCCCAGCCCUCUCCACRUCUGUCACAGAUGGUGGAGACACAGUUUGUGCUGUCCUUCGUGCACCGGUUCCUGGAGUACCGCGGGGCCACCACCUACUUYGCCUUCUGUUACCCCUUCUCCUACACCGAGUGCCAGGACAUGCUGGCACAGCUGGAUGGCCGCUUCCAGGACUGCAGGCACAUGUCCCCCAGCAGCCCCCUGGACUCGGUGUACUACCACCGGGAGCUGCUGUGCCGCUCUCUGGAUAACCUCCGUGUGGACCUGCUGACCAUCACCUCGUGCCAUGGCAUGCAGGAGAAGCGGGAGCCUCGGCUGGACAAGCUUUUCCCAGACACCAGCACACCCCGGCCACGGUGCUUCACUGGAAAGAAGGUGUUUUUCCUCAGCAGCAGAGUCCAUCCAGGAGAAACUCCCUCCAGCUUUGUCUUCAACGGGUUCCUGGACUUCAUCCUGCGGGAGGAGGAUCCCCGUGCCCAAAUGCUCAGGAGGAUGUUUGUGUUCAAGCUCAUCCCCAUGCUGAACCCUGACGGGGUGGUGCGGGGCCACUACCGAACUGACUCCCGUGGGGUGAACCUGAACAGGCAGUAUCUGCACCCCGAUGCCGAGCUGCACCCCGCAGUCUACGGGGCCAAAGCUGUGCUGCUCUACCACCACAUCCACAGCCGUGUCCUGCCGGGCUCUCCAGACUGGAGGACAUUUGUCUCCCCGCUCAGCACCAGCUUGCUGAGCAUCAAAUCUCCCAAUUCUCCCAUCCCGCCCAUGGAGGCUGCGUUAUCAGAGCUGGAUAAAACCAACAACCUCCGCAAUUCCCCCAGCACGUGGCGUGCCAGCAGCCACUCGUGCCCAGCUCAGGAAGCCCAGCUGGCAGACAGCACAGAGCAAAGCACUUGGAUCCUGCCCUCGAGCCACAGCAGCGAGCACUGUGAGGAGGAGGGGUCCUGGAGCCCUCCCCCAGCCCCUGUCCCCGAGGCUGCUGAGCCCCCAGAGCCUAUUGCCCCCAAGGACAGUGGGCUGGCUUAUUACGUGGAUCUGCAUGGCCACGCCUCCAAGCGCGGCUGCUUCAUGUACGGCAACAACUUCAGCGAUGAGAACGACCAGGUGGAGAACAUGCUGUUCCCCAAACUCAUCUCCCUGAACUCACCUCACUUUGACUUCACGGGCUGCAACUUUUCGGAGAAGAACAUGUACGCCCGGGACAAGCGGGACGGGCAGUCCAAGGAGGGCAGCGGGCGUGUGGCCAUCUACAAAGCCCUGGGCAUCAUCCACAGCUACACCCUGGAGUGCAACUACAACACGGGGCGCUCWGUGAACAGCAUCCCAGGGGCCUGCCAUGACAAUGGGCGUGCCAGCCCCCCGCCAGCACCCGCCUUCCCCUCCCGAUACACCGUGGAGCUCUUCGAGCAGGUGGGCCGGGCGGUGGCGGUGGCAGCCCUGGACAUGGCAGAUUGCAAUCCCUGGCCUCGGAUCGUGCUCUCGGAGCACACGUGCCUGGGUAACCUGCGUGCCUGGAUGCUGAAACACGUGCGGGGGCUGCGCAGCACCAGCGGGGGCUCGCGGAGGAGAGGAGGUGCCAGGACCCCCCCCAGGAGCUCCACUGGGCUGCCCACCUCAGCCUCUGACAACGCGCUGGCCCGUGCCAGGAGCUUCAGCAACGGCACCAGCGGCAGCGGGGGCAGCCAGCAGGACUCCCCACGGAUCCGAGCCUCCCCCAGCUUCACCUUCGGCAGCUCCAGGCCCCCAGCGGUGGCCGUGGCCACCCAGAGCCCCCCAGAUGGUGACAGCAGCCCAGCCCCAGGCAGAGGGACUCUGCCUGUGGGCACCCCAGCAGCGCUGAGCACUGGACCACUGGAAGGUGUGGAGGAGCCCCAGGGCAUGGCACCACUGCAGGUGCUGCCAAUGAAGCUGAACGCCCGGAGAGCCCCAGAGAAACCUGGCUGCCGGCAGCUGUUUGUGCUUAACCCGCUCCCCGAGGGCGGGGGGUUCCCGCGCCAUGACGUCACCGCGGGGCCGCAGCCAAGGCGUGAUGUCACCGUGAUGCCGUGA